AUGGCCGCCGCGGUGACGGGGGCACCUACGCCGCCCCAGGAAGAACAACCGCAAGGCGCAUAUGCAUCCUAUGUUAGCCACGAUCUCCCAUACAAUGAGCACUUCGACGAUUCUCUCAUACACGUCGUCCUUGGCCCAACACCGCCUCAAGAUGGCAUCCGUAUAAUUCCCGAGGAUAGUACCGAGCAGCCUGUGGAUGGUGUUUCUGUGCGCGCCGAUGCUGUCUCUUGGCAGAGCUUGCCCUCAAUCACGGAAGACGAACUUCCACUUCCACUGGAUGWUCCACGUCGCAUCUUCGCAAGUCCUAUUGCCGGUAUAAAGCUCACACAUCCAGGAGGUUAUCUUGAGGGUGGUCCUGGGUUGGAACCGGACAUGGACACAUUCCCCGAGGACUUUCUGUCCAACAACCCUGGCGUCAAUUCAUCGGAACGAUUGAGAGCCGCAGUAGACCAAGAGAUCGAAGCCAGCAUAGAUUUGUUGAAAGACAGAUUGUUGGCAAGGAAGAGGGCAAAAGAGAGGAAUGAACAGAUCGAGAAGGAGCUCAAGCUGAUGAGUGAUAAUCACAGUCUGGAGUUGAAGAUUCAGCGGAAGAUGGCUGAGGAUCGUAGAAUCAAGAAGGAGGCAAAAGAAAAGCGGCGGAUGGAGAGGGAAGGCGGAUGA